AAACGUGCCGUGCAGGGAGCGUCGAACGUCGUGAGCGCCGCAGGCCGUGUGUUGCGGCGCUGGUGGUUUUAUCUUGGUGCUGUGCUGCGUGUGACUGGGACGCGUGCCGUUUUGGCCGGGUUCUCCCCUGCAUCACGUGGCUACACCUUACCGAUAGCGCGAGCUGGAAGAGAACGCAGCCGCCGGCCGAUUAUUUCGUCGCACCGCAACGUUUUCCGUGUGCCAGGCCUAACAGAACUCGCGCUGGGGCAGUUUCGCUGGGCAUCGACUUUUCGCUCUGCCACGCGCACUCGAUCGCACGAAGCACUGCGUCUCUGCAGAGGUGAGCUUUGACUCUGCUUUCAAGGACUUCGAGUUAACAUUUGGGCGCGAUCAAGUAGUGCGAAAGACCAGGUCAGAGAUAUAGGGCCCACGUUGUAGGCGUCGAGCUGCAACGUGCUUCUGACCUUCGUAGUGGCGUGGUAGAUUGUUUGCAAUUUUAUGAUACGCUAGCGCUAGUCUUGUAUUGUACAUGGCUUAGCUAAUUAUCCGCGUUCAUUACAAAACAUGGACCUCCACAUGGACUUAGCUGGUACUGAAACCUGAUUGGACGACUGCAGCUUUCGAGCGAGAUACCAUGACCUGUGUUCGUUAAGUGGCCAACUUGGCAGACAGAAUAUUCAACCGAAUGUAUGCCCUGACUUUCGAACACUUUGCUCAACAGCUUCGCUCGAGACGAUUGACUUGACUAGUCGACCGGAUGCCUGUAAUGUUCUCGUUAAAUGCUUCCAGCUGAAGAAAGCGCCUGAUCUGCGUGCAUUGUACAGGCUGUAGACACGAGCGGUGUAGGUUCAUUGCGCGAAGAUCGAGCAACGCUGGAGUAGAAGGAGAGAGAAAGCGUUUCGGCCAUGGACUACGGAUACUUGAACCAGGCUGCUGCGGCCAGCGCCGCGUUCGAGCCAUGCAUGGAAUCGGCCGCGUGCCAGCUCUCCUGUUCGUACGCGGAGCUUGGUCCUCCGACGGCCGCCUACCACCGCUACUCGGCGCCCGUGCCAAGGUCCUUCUCGGCACCGCCGUCCGCGUCAGCCCCGACCUGCGGCGCGGCGGGACUCAUCGCGCGAGGCGUGAGACCCGAGCCUCCGCCGCCACCUCCGCCGCCCCCACCACCUCAGCAACCGCAACACCACCCGACGCCGGUCUUCCCGGCCAUACAGAAAGCUGACGCAUGGGCGCGGGCUGAGCGGUUGCCGGAGUGGAGUCCCGAGCGUGAACGGAGUGCGGCGGCUGCGGCGGCGAGACAAGUAUCCUGGUUCGGACAAAGUGAGUCUCCUUCUACGGAAAGAAAUCUGGAGGCGUCCCUCGUCCUUGACUUAGGUGUCUGUUAG